UCUUUUUCCUCCACCCACCACCAUCUUCUCAUAUCCUAGAUAUUCGAGAUGGCUGACCAGUCCACGAUCCCCACUUUCAAGCUCGUCCUUGUUGGCGAUGGCGGUACCGGCAAGACCACCUUUGUCAAGCGUCACUUGACUGGUGAAUUCGAGAAGAAGUACAUUGCCACCCUUGGUGUCGAAGUACACCCUCUCUCCUUCUCGACCAACUUCGGCACGAUCUGCUUCAACGUCUGGGAUACCGCGGGUCAGGAGAAGUUCGGUGGUCUCCGCGACGGCUACUACAUCCAGGGCCAGUGCGGUAUCAUCAUGUUCGACGUCACCUCCCGCAUCACCUACAAGAACGUCCCCAACUGGCACCGCGACCUCGAGCGUGUCUGUGAAAACAUCCCCAUCGUCCUCUGCGGUAACAAGGUCGACGUCAAGGAGCGGAAAGUCAAGACCGGCCAGGUUACCUUCCACCGCAAGAAGAACAUCCAGUACUUCGAGAUCUCGGCGAAGUCGAACUACAACUUCGAGAAGCCCUUCCUGUGGCUCGCCAGGAAGCUCGUUGGCAACCCCUCGCUCGAGUUCGUUGCCGCGCCCGCUCUUGCCCCCGCCGAGGUCCAGGUCGACGCCGCGCUGAUGGAGCAGUACCAGAGGGAGUUGGCGCAGGCCGAGGCCGUCCCCCUCCCAGAAGAGGACGACGAUCUGUAAAUUCACGCGCUCACGACCCUGUAUCCCCCCGCCCCGCCAUCUGUUACCUCUAUACAACAUAUCCUGUGAUCACUGUUUCAAUAUAAACCACGUCGCAUCCCGGAGUAGUGCAACCUCGGUCCGCCCUCUGAGUGCGCAUGCCUCGUUGUAGAGUUUGUUUGUGGAUUGGCAGUGUAAUACGGAUAUCUUUUGCAGCAAUGCUUCACGAAUCAUGACGUCAC